GGGGUCGCGAACUCUGACCCCCGGGAGCCGGAGCCGCGCCGCCGCUAAAGAAACCCGCCGGACGGGGCACCGGGCCCGCCAGGAAUGUCUAAAGAGUGAUAAAGCAUACCUGAUAUGAAGUCUAACACAGAUAUUCUAGGAAAUUCUGGUGAUUAAAGAUCAUGGCAACCAUAGAGGAACUGGCCCAUCAAAUUUUUGAACAGCAAAUGGGAGAGACAAGGCUUCUGGACACUUCCCUCAGAAGACAGAAGAACCUACCAUGUCCAUUUUGAAGUUACCUGCAUAGCCUUUUUUGCCAAAAUUUGCCCCACAGAAAUAAAGAACAAUCUAGCAGUGUUUCCAGUUACACGUUCCCAGGAAGGUGGUACACAAACACUAAUGGAUGGGACACCACAACGAAUACAGAUUGUCCCUGCAGAUUCAGGCCUCUCUUUAUCACAGCGUAUACAGAUUGUCACAGAUCAGCAGACGGGCCAGAAGAUUCAGAUUGUUACAGCACUUGAUCAGAGCUCAGCAGGCAAGCAGUUCAUCUUAACAAAUCAUGAUGGCUCUACCCCAAGCAAGGUGAUCCUUGCCAGACAAGAUUCCACUCCAGGAAAAGUUAUCCUAGCAACUCCAGAUGCUGCAGGUGUCAACCAACUGUUUUUUGCAUCCCCUGAUAUAUCUGCACAACACAUCCAGAUUUUAACAGACAACUCCCCCAAUGAACAGGGCCUAAAUAAAGUGUUUGAUCUGUGUGUUGUAUGUGGAGACAAAGCAUCAGGGCGUCAUUAUGGAGCAGUAACCUGUGAGGGAUGCAAAGGAUUCUUUAAAAGGAGUAUACGUAAAAAUUUAGUUUAUUCCUGCCGAGGAACAAAAGACUGUGUCAUAAACAAACACCACCGGAAUCGCUGUCAGUAUUGUAGGCUGCAGAGAUGCAUCGCCUUUGGGAUGAAACAAGAUUCUGUACAGUGUGAGAGGAAACCUAUUGAAGUGUCAAGAGAAAAAUCUUCUAACUGUGCAGCUUCUACAGAAAAGAUCUACAUUCGGAAAGAUCUUCGUAGUCCAUUAGCUGCAACCCCAACUUUUGUAACAGACAAUGAAACAGCAAGAUCACCGGGUUUGCUGGAAUCAGGAAUGUUUGUUAACAUUCAUCCAUCUGCAAUAAAAAGUGAGCCUACUGUGCUGAUGACUCCAGAUCAGGUAGAAGCAUGUCAAGGAGAUUUAAGUACACUGGCAAAUGUGGUGACUUCAUUAGCAAAUCUCAGUAAAUGCAAGGACAUGUCACAAAGCAGUACAGAGCUAUCCAUGAUCGAAAGUUUGAGUAACGGAGAUGCAUCAUUAUCUGAACUCAAGCAAGAAGAACAAGCUAGUAGUGAUGUUACAAGGGCAUUUGAUACUCUUGCAAAAGCAUUAAAUCCAGGGGAGAGCUCAGCGUGCCAGAACUCUGAAAGUGUUGAUGCCAGUGCACAGAUGCUUGGUGGAGAAACAAACAUGAACAUCGUUGAAAUAGAGGGGCCACUACUCAGUGAUGCUCAUGUAGCAUUCAGGCUCACCAUGCCUUCUCCUAUGCCUGAUUAUCUUAAUGUUCACUAUAUCUGCGAGUCUGCCUCCAGAUUGCUUUUCUUGUCCAUGCACUGGGCACGUUCCAUUCCAUCUUUCCAAGCUUUGGGACAGGAUAACAGCAUAUCAUUAGUAAAAGCCUGCUGGAAUGAACUUUUUACGCUUGGUCUAGCACAAUGCUCACAAGUUAUGAAUGUGGCAACGAUCUUAGCUGCUUUUGUUAAUCACCUUCAAGGCAGUUUACAACAAGAUAAGCUGCCAACAGACAGAGGAAGACUAGUAAUGGAACAUGUCUUCAAAUUGCAAGAGUUUUGUAACAGCAUGGUUAAGCUGUGUCUAGAUGGAUAUGAAUAUGCAUAUUUGAAAGCAAUUGUCCUCUUUAGUCCUGAUCACCCAGGUCUAGAAAAUGUGGUACAGAUUGAGAAAUUUCAAGAAAAAGCUUACAUGGAGUUCCAAGACUACGUAACAAAGGCGUAUCCGGAUGAUACUUACAGACUGUCUAGACUUCUUCUCCGAUUGCCUGCUCUUAGGCUGAUGAGUGCUGCCAUCACUGAAGAGCUGUUCUUCGCAGGACUAAUUGGAAAUGUUCAGAUUGACAGCAUCAUCCCAUACAUUCUGCGAAUGGAGACAGCAGACUACAACUCUCAGAUCAUAGGUCAUGGCAUGUAAAAGUAGCAGUCAAGGAUUCUGUACCAUGGCAAUCAUGGUGAUGUAAAUGCAUACCCUGUCUCCAAGAGAUGGUCAUAAGACUUCCAACGCACCUUUCCAAAGAAGGCUCAUAUUCCUCCUUUCCAGUACACUUGGGAAACAUGGUGGAGUGUAGUAGGAUAUAGGAUCACUUGCUGUUCUUCGUCUGUCUUCAAGGACUUGUAAAUUAUCUUGAUAUCUGAAGAAAAUCAAGAAUUGUCCAUCCUAUUUUUGUAGGUAGACGGACUUGGAAUAUUUGUUUAUGAAGCUCAGGCUUAUGAGGAAAUUGAAGAUGCUUUGACUGAACUAAGGUAUCUCAAUUUAGUUUGAUGCUUUAGACAAAUAAAUUAACUUUCCUCUCUGA